AACACUUCCGCCUCCAUCAUCCUCCCCUCCCAUCGAAGCCGCCAUCCAUCAAAUAAAAUGGCUGCAUCACCUCUCAUCACCUUCAAAGCCGGCCGCUGCACCGUCAACGGCCGCAAAAUCACCCCUCAAGCCACACCAGGAUACGUCUACCUCUACACCGAAGACGACCUCUUCCACCUCUGCUGGCGUCCGCGUAGCGCCCCCGCCACCGACCCCGAAAUCGACCUCAUCACCAUCCCGGGCGAUGCGAGCUUCACCCCUCUCGUCAAAGAGGCCGGCGCCGAAGAGGUGCGCAGCCCGACCAACGGCCGCAUCUUUGUGCUGCGGUUCAGCAGCAGUGGCGAGAAGCAGUACUUUUGGAUGCAGGCGAAGAGUCAACACACACAAGGCGAUGCGGACUGGUUCUCACACCGAGACCAGCGGUUGGGACAGAUUGUGGACGGGCUGUUGAGCGGGGAUGAUGUGGAUGUUGAAAGGGAGGUGGCUGAUCUACGGGCCGGAGGGGACGCUGGAGGAGCUGCGGAUGAGGAGGAUUUGAUGGAGCUGGACCGUCAGGAGACUGGAGGUGCUGGUGCUGACGCUACGGGAGGGGACAUCAGAGACGAAGGCGAGGAGAGUAGAGACGGUGGAGCUGAUGGAGGCAGAGCUGCUUCCUCCGACCUGCCAGCAGAUGCAAAUCUAGCCGUCCAAAACUUCCUCAAUUCCCUCAAAUCCGGCAGUGGAUCAUCACAGCAACCCGCCGACAAGCCCUACACCACCCUCCCAGAUCUGCUCACAACCACAAACACAAUCCCAUACAUCGACACCCUGUCUCCAGAACACCUCGACCAUCUAUGCGCCUACCUCCCGCCCGACCUCUUCCUUCUCGCGCAGGAAUCCGAGACCAGCACUUUCCCCGCCGAACCCAGUCCUGCCGCUGCUCAGGCAGCUAUCGAGGCCCUCUCUCCUGAGCAGAAGAAGGACAUUCUCAAGCGCGUGCUGAGAAGUCCGCAGCUGCAUCAGAGUUUGGGCUCGUUGACGGUGGCGCUUAGGGACGGCGGGCUGCCGAUGAUUGGAGAGGCUUUGGGGCUGAAAGUGAAGAAUGGAGGUGUGAUUCGCGGGGGAAGUAUGCCGUUGGGUGGAGGAGAGGCGGUGGAGGGAUUUGUGGAAGGGGUGAAGAAGACGGUGGAAGAGGAGGAGGAUGCGAAGAAGGAAGGUUAAAGGGGCUUACUUCUGAGGAAGAUCGAGGUGGCUUGCUUCUGGCGUCGCGUUACCAAGUAGGACGGCGGGCGAUCAGCUGUUGGUGGAUGAGUACGCGUCUAGACUGAACAGACACCAUAUACGAUGGUGCGACCAUCCUCUUACUGUCAUAAACAACGUCAAGCAUGCCGCGAGCCUACUUUAAAAGCCCUGUACAUGCAUAUCUCCCCGUGUCGCGUCCACAGUAUUCCCGCAGUCGUCCUAUAUGUGUAU